UCACUUAACAGUCUCUGAGUCCUGCUUUCCUUCCGAACCCUCUUUAGAACCCUGGACCGUUACUUCUCUCAUAAAAAGACCCUUCUCCGUCGAAAUGCCUGGCGUCGUGGCGGACUCUACCACUUUCGCCAGCGAUGGCGCUUUACUCCCAUUCGUGCGAGACACCGAAAUUGCCGUGGUGUACCGCUUCACAACGGCCUAAAGCCUCCAAUCUCUCGAGUCUCAAUCUCCUGGGCACGAGGAAACAAUCUCCGCAACUCGUUACUCCGCAAUCUACCUUCCGAUUCCGACUCGGAUGGAUAAUUUUGGGAAAAAUUUGUGGAGGUGGAUCGGGGCAGCCGAGCAGCCGAUGUCAGAGACGCCGAGCAUUGGCGCCGCAUUGCCUACGGCUCCGUCACGCCUUUCUCGCUCCUUCAAAGCCGCAAGAAUGCAGUUUCGAGUUUUUUUAAAUUACAAUCAAGUCCCUCUCCAUAUCAUCUUGACUGGUGGGAGUAUGUAAUGGAGUAUAGCAAGGACAUAAAUGCACUACUUGGGAAUCCAAAGUCAAAUGAUAGUUCUUUAAUUGAAGACCCUAAAGAAGUCUUGAAGAAAUUUGAGGAACCAACGAGUUUAGAGGCAGCAUGGGAGUUGAUGGAAAUGUUUUAUGUAGACAAAUUAUGUCAGAGCUGGUUGCCGGAACGCCUUGUCGAUUGGUUGGCGGUGAUCAGCUGACUGUUCAUUCGAAACUUGUGGAGUUUCAAGGGAAACUAGUUGCCUUACAGGUCAUCGAGGAUGAUCCUAAAUAUUGGGAGGUGAUAUUGUCUGGCACUAGCAGUUGGUUGGCUAGAGAUUGUGGUGAAACAUUUGCUCUUGCAUUGGUCUUAUCAACUAGAUCAACUUGGCUAUAGAGAGGUUGGCAAGAACUCAAUGAUUGAUUAAGUACAUACCAUUGAACUUAUUUUUCUGCAACCAUUAAUAUAUUCAUGCCGGUUUAAAAUGAAAUUUUAAAUUGUUGGCUUUUGAUACCAUUUGACAAACAUGAACAUUAUUUCUAUACUUAGGAUUGUCACAUACCGAUAUUUAUGUAUCAUAAUAUUCUCAUUCAACUUCAUCCUCCUCAUCUUCAUUGAAUUUUGAUGGUUGAUUCUCAUCCAUAAAGGACCUAGAAUCAUAAAAAAAUUUCAGCUUCAACAUCAUUUUCCUGCUGUUGAAAUUCUCUUGUAUAUCCUGAUCAAGAGGUUGUUUCCUGUAACCAUACCUUUGAAACGGGUUCUUAAAAUUAAUCAUGGAUCCACGAUCACUAUCCUUAUGAUCCUCCAAAGUUUUCUCCUUAAUCUCCACCAAUUGAUCAGAUAACUCUAUAACCUGCCUCAGCGAUUUUGAUGCAGGAUAGUUUGGUCAGAAACGCAGCAUGAUGAUAGUGGGUAUAACAUUCAAUCCGAUAGUUGGAUUGGGCUGCAAUUCAGCUAGGAGGUCUUACAACUAAAUAUCAGGGAGGAGCCCUCAAAUUUUGACCCGGAAGCUAUUGUUUUGACAACUAAUGCAUGAAUAAACAAAAUAUGGUGCUUUAAUGUGCAUGAUUAUUUAAGCAGUCAUGCUUGCCAGUCUAAUUGCUAGUUGAUGAUUCUU